UAGAUUCUAACUGGCAGUUGCAAAACAUCAUUAGAUUUUCCUUUGUUACUUGAAAUCAGAAUAAAAAGACAAAGAUUCCAUUUUCUUGCAGGUACACUCGAAAGAUUCUAAAAUGGCAAUGGCAUUCUGUGCCACCUCAAAGCUCAACAGUACUCUCAACCCGGCGCUCUUCACCUCCACAAAGGACGCCGUCGUUAUCCAUGAUCCGUUGAAGAGAGUAACGCCGGCGAGAACCUCCGGCGGCAGCAUUCGAGUGGCGGCGUCAGGAAGCGGAAGCGGCGCGCCGGCCGCGGUGGAGGUUUACGAGGAAGGGCAGCUUGAGAGACCCCGGUGGAGCGGCGAAACGCCGCUGUCUCGCUUUGUCGGAGCCCUCAUUUCUUUCAAGCCUCUCUACUCUCUGCUUAAGAUUGGCGCCAGACAAGUCUUUAUCAGCACAGCCGAGAAGACAAAUAUUCCAUGGAGGGAAAUGGCAAAGGAAAUACUGGAAUCAGAUGUGUACAAAGAGAUGGAAAGCAUUCAGAAUCAAUCUCUUGAAUACCCUGACUAUUAUCUCAGUCCUUUUCACGCUUAUGACGAAGGGAAUCUUUCCUGGCUGGCAGCAGCAGAAGCCGAGCCUGCAACUAUGGCAAUGGAGUUGCGGGCAAUACCUGAUGCCAAUUCACUCGAUGAAGCUUCCCAGGUUGUACGAGGAAACUGGCUCGACGCUAUUGAAAAACAUCAUAAGCAAUAUUCAGGAUGUUUUGCAAUCCGAGACAUUCUUGAUAUUGGAUGCUCUAUCGGUGUGAGCACCAGAUGUCUAGCCAGUCGAUAUCCUUCUGCUAAUCUCACUGGACUUGAUCUAUCGCCUUACUUUCUUGCCGUUGCUCAGUUUAAGGAAAAGAAUCGUGACAGAAAAACGAACCCUACACGCUGGAUUCAUGCGAAUGGCGAAGACACUGGCUUGCCUUCAAAAUCAUUCGACCUCGUCUCCAUUUCAUAUGUGUUUCAUGAGUGCCCCGAGAGAGCAAUUCGAAAUGUAGUGAAUGAGUCAUUUCGGUUGCUUAGACCCGGAGGAACUUUUUCUGUUACAGACAACUCGCCAAAAUCGAAGAAACUGCAGAUCAUGGAGACAGAAAAGAGCACAGACCCGAAACCAGAAGAGUCCGAAGAAGAAGCAAUAGAGCUUAUUCUCUUUCAAGUAUCAGAAUGCUAUGUUUACCUGAUUCCUCCCAGAAAAAGUGCAGCUUCAUACAGGGCUGACGAGUGGAAUGUGAACAAAUGGGCAUGGGAGGGUGCACUAAAGGUUUUAAGCAAAGGAGAAGAAUGCAUAAUCAGACUUGAAGACAAGACAACGGGUGAACUUUAUGCCCGGGCUUUCCUGAGAGACGGGGAGCCUCAUCCAGUGGAGCCAGUGAUUGAUAGUAGCAGAUACUUUGUUCUCCGAGUAGAAGAGAAUAUUGGUGGUCGCCGUAGGCAUGCUUUUCUUGGCAUUGGAUUCCGGGAAAGACCUGAAGCUUAUGACUUCCAAGCUGCCCUUCAUGACCAUAUGAAGUACCUAAAUAAGAAGAAAACUGCUGAAGAGAUGGAACAACAAUUCCAGAAAACGACAUCAGUUGAUUACAGUUUGAAAGAGGGGGAGACUCUCGUACUUCAACUUAAAAAUAAAGCUGGAAGUGGCAGCAGCAUAAGGUCAAAGUUCUUCGAGCAAAGUUUAAACAAUCUAUCGUUGGAUGUCAAGGCGGCCCGAAAAGAAUGCCCACUACUACUUAAACUCCCGCCACCUCCCCUAACGCCCGUUGCUACUACUGCAGAUAAUUCUCCUUCAGGGUCACCCCGCAAAUCUAGUCUCGAUAACUCUCCUGAUGGGAAGGAUCCCGCCCCUGAUGUUGAACAAUCAGGCAAAUCUAAAUCAACUGGAAACCUACGCUCACAGGAAGUUGAAGACGAUGACUUUGGGGAUUUUCAAGCUGCUGGGUAAUGUGAUAAUUGGAACUGAUACGACUGUACUAAAAACGCUCGAAUUUAUUUACAUUCACCGAAUGCCUUAUAUAUUGGAGUCGUACAUAUGAUCCUCUAGUUUAGCUGCAUCCUCUUGUUCAAACUGUUCUUUGAUCUUAUUGGUAUGAUCCUUUUGAUGCCUUGUCUGGCCAGAGAUGAUGCUUUGAUGCUAUGAUCAGAUGAUUGGAUUUUCAAUCUGUUUUUAUGUGUCAAAAGGGAAUUUAUAAUUAGGGUUUGA